GAGCAGCUAAUGUUUAAAGGCCGCAGUGUCUACAGAGUCAUCCCUUGGUCCCUUGAGUAAUCCAGAUGUCGAGAAAGCCACCACUCGGAGGGAAGGAACUUGACCACCAAGUAGAGUCAAGAGAUACGCGGCAGGGAUGGAAAAAAGGGAAAGACAGAGCGAGUGAAAUGUAAAGGAUGGAGAAGCAAACUGAAGACAGGUGAGGUUAACCGCACCUCGACGCCGUGACCCGGCGGCGUUGGCCGCAGCGGUCACCGACCUGACGGAGGUCGCUGCGCGCGAGACGGCUGCACAAGCGCCCCGGGGACUGCGACCCCGGCUCCGGGGAGGGGCCACUCGAUGCCGGCAGCUACAAGUCACGACUGCAGCAAAGCUCAGCGACGGAGAGCCCGCAGGCUCGGCCAAGAACCCCCCCCCCCCCGCGGGGGGCAGGCGCCAAGCGCCGCGCGAACUUUCCAGGAGGCGUCCAGUUCAACCGAGUUGGAGCACCGCCCUUCGCAUGGCCCCCGAAACGUGGGCCGGGCUCGGGCUCGGGACCUCCCUGAGCGGAAACAGCGGGCCUGCGGUGUUCCCAAACAGGUCCGACAAAGUACUAUAUAAGUUGCUACCUCGGAGGCCCCGAGUUGUGCUUGUCUUGCAGCCAUGUCGGGCCGCGGCAAGGGCGGCAAGGGCCUGGGCAAGGGCGGCGCCAAGCGCCACCGCAAGGUGCUGCGCGACAACAUCCAGGGCAUCACCAAGCCCGCCAUCCGGCGGCUGGCCCGGCGCGGCGGCGUCAAGCGCAUCUCCGGCCUCAUCUACGAGGAGACCCGCGGGGUGCUCAAGGUGUUCCUGGAGAACGUGAUCCGAGACGCCGUCACCUACACGGAGCACGCCAAGCGCAAGACGGUCACGGCCAUGGACGUGGUCUACGCGCUCAAGCGCCAGGGCCGCACCCUCUACGGCUUCGGGGGCUGAGCUCUGAUUUCGUCACCAGAAAAUUGCACUUCAUAACCAAAGGCCCUUUUCAGGGCCACCCACGAAGUCUUCUAAAGACCUGUAAUCCUCUUCCCAAUCCGCUUCCAGAGCACCUGACCAUGAUCAGGUGAGCUUGGGGUACACGAGAACCCAUUUCAGAUGGGAAAGUACAACGUGCUUAGGAUUGUCCAGAAAGUGCCGAGACCUCCGGUGGCUGGAGUCGGCACCUCGGCCCCACUCCCUGGAGUCUGCACUGUUAGAGACCGUUGUGCUCAAAGCCGACCUCAUUUACCAUGUGUUCCCUAAGGUAAACCUGGCCAACCCUUGUUAUGAAAAGCUGAGUGGUUCUUAAGCUCUUUUGAAAGUCCUUGCAGAGAACAUGGCUAGAAUUUCAAAUAAUGCUAUUGCCUCCAUUUUACUCCGUCCCCUUUAAUUUUCAGUAAGCAAUAUAAUCAAGAAUCCAGUCAUAGCUGGAUUUUAUUUAAAAUAGUGGAAGGAAGGCACUUUCGGAUUCUCAAGACAAUAGUUUAAAGAAUUUUGAUGCAUCUUAGAGGCUUAAAAAAACCACAAAAGUCAGACAUUUUCUUUGUCCUUUAUCCGCGAGACCUAAGCGGGAGGCGGGAAAAUGCUUCCUGUCCUUAGAGGACUGAAGCGAGAGCCAAUCCGUGCGCGGGGUGGGGCGGGAGGCUCCUGUCCAAUCCGGACCCCGGGCUCGCUAUAAAUACCGGGACGCCGCCUCCUACUCUUGCAGCUUCAGGUUGUUACCU